AUGAAAAGAGGCUUAAUUAGCACCCCUCCUGCAGACAUGUUGCCAACAACAGAAUGUGGAAAAUCAAACUGUUGGUUGCGCCAAAAGAAUGCUGGUAUAUAUGUCCGACCAAGACUUUUUUCUCCAUAUGUAGAAGAGGCAAAAUCUGUGCUUGAUGAGAUGAUGGUGGAACAGACAGAUCUGGUCCGUUUGAGAAUGGUUAGAAUGUCUAAUGUUCCAGAUACGCUGUACAUGGUUAAUAAUGCGGUACCACAGCGCUGUCAUAUAAUUAAUCACCAGCCAAUGAGCAGCAGCCAGACGAACCCUCCAACAGUGGUAGCAAAUGAAAUACCAGGUAACUAG